AUGGACAGCAGCUGGAAAAGAUCGCUUGGGAGGCCAGGCAUGAGCAAUGUAUCUCAUGUCAGGGAGCCUUUCCUGCAGAUGGUCCAUGCCAGAGAAUCCUUCCCCACCCACCAGACUUGGACUCAGCGUGAGUUCCUCCUCCCCAAAAAGGUCACGGAGUUGCCAGGCUUCACCCAGCAAGCCUACCACAAGCUGGCUCUGAAGCGGCCACCAUACACAGAAAUCAAGUCCAAGGUUCAUCACCAGGAAUUCCACCCUUGGAAGGGUGCAACCCAGCACACCUGGGGCUUUCACACAUGGCUCGAUGUGGGACGGCUGCCUGCCACCUUCCCCACUCGGCCAGACAUACCCUAUGACAGCAAUGUCUGGCGCUGGUUGACUCACUUCAAUGCCCACCAGCUGCCGGCUGCGCAGCCUGCCAUCCCUCCACCCUCCUGGAUGGGCCCAUACAGCUUCCUGACCUUCAUCAGUACCACCCCCAUCUUUGUGGACAUGAACAGGAAGAACCAAGUGAUCGUGAGAACAGUGAGAGAGCUGAAGGAGGUGGAGAAACUCAAGCUGAGGAGUGAACUAAGGGCCCCUCCGCUCGAUACCCAUGGCAAUAUUCUGCCCCCACCAAACUUCAAGAAGUAAGCACACCCCUUCCCAGGCAG